GAAAUUCCAGAUUUGACCAAUCAUAGCGCAAGGUCAUAUAUCCUGCACUAUCUCCAGUUAAAGUUCAACUGAACAAACUCUGGGUUUGUUCUUUUUAGCCGAACUCACUAAUGAUGUGGAGGGAGGAAGAUAAGUUCUGAACUGGUGCAGCCAGUGCAGUUAAAAAGUUGUGAAGGUGCAUAGCAACGUAUAUCCGCUUGGACCGCGUACACGUGUUUCUCACGUUCCUAGCGCUUAGCUGGAAAAAUCCAUCCGAGAGAAAAUGUUCUCCCCGGCCACUCUGUUCUGACAACGUUCGCCGUUUCUGCAAAUAAUCUGUUCAAAUUUCCGAGAUAGCAAAAUGUUGACCGAGAACGUGACGAUUUUCUGCGAGCGAGAGCAGAAAUAUAAAGAGAGACUCUCGCCUUUUCUACACGAAUUCAAUGAAUUGCAACUCGAUGAAAUUCUGGACAUACUGCGUGAAUUUUUGAUGCAAAUAGAGUGCACGCAAGACGUUGCUGACUGUUUCCCAGAAUUGUUACCAGCGCUCGUUUCCUUAGCGAUACCUGUGGACGACGUGCAGUCGUCAACAUUAAUGGACAAGAAUGCUAUUCACAGAUUAAACUGUGUUGUAUUAGGAAAGCUGGUUAAAGUCAAUCAAGAUUUACUAGUAUUUGUUUUACGCUACUUUGAUAAGAACCCAGCUCCGUUCGAGCCUCUUGACGAUUCUCACGACACGGUGCCGUCCCGGAAGAGACAAAGGAGAAGCAAAUGUUCGAGCGUCUCGGAAGUAUCCGAGCACGACGUUGUUGUCGCGUGUUAUAACAUCUUGCAGUCGGCUACUAGUCAUUUUAAGCAUAAAUGGAACUGGUCUAGAUUUUACAAAUAUUUAACAAAUGCGGACGAUGGGGUGAAAUGGGUCGCCCUGAAAUGUAUAGCUAUAGUUUUGAACAUGUCCGAGGCAACGAGGCUGUCCUACGCACAAGCGCUAAUUCGAAGUUUUGCAAGAUUUUUAACUGAUCACGAAGCCAAAGGCGCGGACACCGGCGUUACUCGCGGCAGCUUCGAGUCGGUGGAAGACGCGAUUAAAAAUAUCUCGUCCAUCGUGUCUGUUGGCGGCAUAUUGCUGCCCACUCUGGGCAGAAGUCAGAGCACCCGCCAUUUAGUCGCAGUUUCCUCCACGAGGAAGAAUCUACAGAGUCUGGCCAUAGCCGUUGGCUCGAGGAAAUGCAUCUGCCUGCAGGGGCCAGUCGGUUGCGGUAAGACUGCUCUGGUGGAGUAUCUGGCCAGAGUCACCGGGCACGACACGUCGAGCUUCGUCAAGGUGCAGUUGGGCGAUCAGACCGACUCGAAGAUGCUGCUGGGAAUGUACAGGUGCACCGAUGUACCCGGUGAAUUCGUCUGGCAGCCGGGUGUACUCACGCAGGCGGUCGUCGCUGGCAAGUGGCUGCUCCUGGAGGACGUGGACAGCGCCGCCCUCGACGUGGCCAGCGUCCUGAGCCACCUGAUGGAGACCGGCACGCUCUGCGUGCCCGGCUAUCGCGAUACCAUUUACGCCAGCAGCGGAUUCCAGCUGUUCGUUACUCAGCGAUUGAUGAUGUCCACCACGGGCGUACAGAAACACGUCACGGGGGCCUCGAGUUUGUUGCAGAAACACUGGCUGUGCCUGAACGUGGAACCACUGUCCAAGGAAGAAUUAGUGAUUGUGGUUCAGACGCUGUUUCCAGUACUGAGCACUAUUGCCACUAGAAUAGUAGAUGUGUUCUUGUUGGUCUCCCUAGGGGAUCACGAUGGUGAGAGUAACGCUAGCGACGCGAUGCUGUCGCUGAAGAUUGGACGGCAAACGUCGACGCGAGACUUGAUAAAGUGGUGUUCCAGAGCUAUCGUCGACUUCGACGUUUCGUCGUCAGACUCUGCAUUGAAAAUAUUUCAGGAUGCUCUGGAUGUCUUUUGCUGUUCGGUGCCUAAUCAAGAGCAACGAUUACAGUUAGCGACGGAGGUAGUUCAUAAACUUGGUAUUAUAAAGACGAAGGCAGAGCACUUUUGCAACAUGCACAAACCGUCCGUGACCCUGCUUCCCGAGUUCCUGAUAGCGGGCCGAGCGAAGUUAACUCGCCAGAAAGCGCAAUACGCGAGAAUCGACGUGGAAAGGGUCAAUUUCUUCUUCACGAGGCCUUCCGCGUGCCUGUUGGAGCGCAUAGCCAGCUGCGUGAUGCAAAAGGAGCCGGUGCUGCUGGUCGGCGAGACUGGUACCGGCAAGACGAGUUCGGUGCAAUACCUAGCGAGGAGUACCGGCCACAGAUUGACAAUCAUAAACAUGAAUCAGCAGAGCGAGAGCGCGGAUUUACUAGGCGGCUACAAGCCGGUCGAUCUCAAGUUCCUGAUCUCACCCAUCCGGGAGGAGUUCGAGAUCCUGUUUCGCUCCUACUUCGUCCUCGAGCCGAACAGGAAGUUCCUCGAGAACGUUGCUCUGUGCAACAAGCAGGAGAAGUGGAAGAAUCUUGUCACUUUGAUGAGCUACAGUACGCGCGCCGCUGUUAAGAGAUUGAAAAAUAAGUUGGGGAAUCCCGAAGACAGCGCGUUCAAGGACGCUUCGAAACAUCAGAAACGAGACAAGAAUUCUCGGGAGAGAUCCGAUCGGGACGAUGCCCAGGCCGACACGGAUCUGCUGAGAAAGUGGGAAAAGUUGCUGGAGAAACUGGAGAAACUGGCAGCGCAGGUGAAGAGUCAGUAUGCGCUGGCGUUUUCCUUUAUAGAGGGGAGUUUGGUCAGGGCCUUGCGAGACGGCUAUUGGGUUCUCUUGGACGAGAUCAAUCUGGCGAAUGCGGAGACGCUGGAGUGUCUUUCCGGUUUGCUGGAAGGCUCCUCGGAAUCCCUGCCGUUGCUGGAGCGCGGCGACGGGGAGCCCGUGACGAGACAUCCCGACUUCACGGUGUUCGCCUGCAUGAACCCGGCCACGGAUGUCGGCAAGAGGGACUUGCCGGUCGGCUUGAGGAACCGUUUCACCGAGUUCUACAUCGACGAGUUGACCGAGCGAUCGGAUCUCCAGUUGCUCGUCAGCAACUACCUGGCGGAGCUGAAUCUGCCGCUGGAGAAGCACGAGGCGAUCGUCAUGUUCUACCUGAAGGUGAGACAGGAGGCUACGGCGAAGUUGUUCGACGGCACGGCGCACAAGCCGCAUUACAGUUUGAGAACGUUGUGCCGCGCAUUGUACAUUUCCUCGUCGAAUCCCUGCGGCAACAUUUUGAGGUCCCUGUACGAGGCCUUCUCCCUGAGCUUCCUGACGCAGCUGGACCACAACUCGCACCGGAUUGUACAUGAAAUGAUCGAGCGAGCGAUCCUCGGCAACAAGAACGUCGUCAAAGCGGUACUCGGCACUCCUAUACCGAAACCGAGAUGCAGUCCGGGGGAAGAGUACAUGUGCAUCGAGGGAUACUGGGUCCUACGAGGAAGCUUGACGCCUGAGGCACCUAGCAACUACAUCUUGACCGAUUCCGUGAGGAGAAAUUUGAAAGACUUGGUGAGAGUGGUGUCGAUCGGCAAGAUUCCAGUUUUGCUGCAGGGCGACACGUCGGUAGGCAAGACCAGCUUGAUCACCUACCUGGCGAAGACCACCGGGCACGUCUGCGUCCGCAUAAACAAUCACGAGCACACGGAUUUGCAGGAGUACGUUGGAAGUUACGUCGCGGACGAGACCGGGAAGCUGGUGUUCAAGGAAGGCGUCCUGGUGGACGCGAUGCGCAAAGGACACUGGAUUAUCCUGGACGAGUUAAACCUGGCCCCGAGCGACGUUCUGGAGGCCCUGAAUCGCGUCCUCGACGACAACAGGGAGCUGUUCAUACCCGAGACGCAACAGGUGGUGAAGGCGCACGAGCACUUCAUGCUGUUCGCGACGCAGAAUCCCCCCGGGCUCUACGGCGGUCGAAAGGUCCUGUCGCGAGCGUUCAGGAACCGAUUUGUGGAGCUACACUUCGACGAGAUACCGCCCAAGGAGUUGCAGACGAUACUCAAUCAGCGAUGCAGCAUGCCGGAGUCGUACUGCAGACAAAUGAUCGAAGUGAUGAUGGACCUCCAGAGAAGGCGCAAGAGCACAGCGACUUUUGCCGGCAAGAAGGGAUUCGUAACUCUGCGAGAUCUAUUUCGCUGGGGCGAGAGAUACAGAUUGGCCCCCGACGUAGGCAACAGGCUGUACGAUUGGAACCAACAUCUGGCUGACGAGGGCUAUCUCGUUCUCGCGGCUAAGGUCCGCAAAGCGGAAGAGGCGGACGAGAUUAGACAAGUGAUAAAGCAACAUUUGAGGAGGGACGUAGAUCCCGACAGCUUGUUCACGCUCGACGACAAGACCUCGCUGGUGACGAAGUGUAUAUUGGAGGAGAUCCUGAGGAACGACAUCCCCGGCUUCGGCCACAUCGUGUGGACCUAUCACAUGCGUCGCAUGGCGGUUCUGGUGAAGAAAUCCUGUCAGUUCAAGGAGCCGGUGUUACUAGUCGGAGAAACCGGCGGUGGCAAGACCACCGUCUGCCAGUUGAUCGCGGCUAUCAACGGCCAGGCGAUGCGUGGCGUGAAUUGCCACAUGCACACCGAGUCGUCCGACUUCCUGGGAAAUCUGCGACCCGUCCGGGAGCAUGCCGAGGACGACCAGAGGCUCUUCGAGUGGAUGGACGGUCCUCUGAUAAAUGCCAUGCGAAACGGCGAUCUCUUCCUGGCUGACGAAAUUUCGUUGGCCGACGAUAGCGUUUUGGAGCGACUGAAUUCGCUUUUAGAGCCGGAGCGUAGUCUUCUGUUGGCUGAGAAAGGAAUAGAGUCUUCUCACGGCGAAGAGAACACCGUGAUCGUGGCGGAUGAGAAAUUCGUGUUCGUCGGGACGAUGAAUCCCGGUGGUGAUUACGGCAAGAAAGAACUCUCGCCGGCCUUGCGCAAUCGAUUCACCGAGGUGUGGUGCGAGGGAUGUACGGCCAGGAGGGAUCUGCGCGACAUAAUAAUACAUAAUCUCCUCAUCGAUUCGCGAGCGACGAGAGAGUCCGUCGCCGAUGCGAUAUUGAGAUUCACGGAAUGGUUACCGACCACCGAAGUGGGCAAGAAGCUUACCGUGAGCAUACGAGACGUGCUCACCUGGGUCGAUUUUAUAAAUGUGUCCACUGUCGGUACCCCGCUAGCGAAACUGACGAUCGAAGAGGCGUAUUAUCAUGGCGCUUGUCUCACGUACAUUGACAGUCUUGGAUCUGGUACCACGGGUUCGGAGAGUGUCGGCAAAUUGAGAGAUUUUACGGUGACAGCUUUUCAAUUUAUCAAGUUGGAGAUCAAAGAUACGAUCAAAUCUGAACUUGACACGGAAACUUCUGUGAUAAACGAGAACGUCGUUGUAGAUACUCCAGAUGUAUUCGGGGUGUCACCUUUUUAUAUUAAAAAGGGCUCAUAUAUUUCUUGCGAAGACCCUGCAUUUACGUUCACGACUUCCAUUACGAAGCUGAACACGUUGAAACUUCUAAGAGCGUUGCAGUUAAACAAACCGAUUCUUCUGGAAGGAAGUCCAGGUGUAGGAAAAACCAGUCUGGUUUCUGCACUCGCGAAAGCCGCGGGGCAUACUUUGAUCAGAAUCAAUUUAAGCGACCAAACGGACGUAUCCGAUUUGUUUGGUGCCGAUCUUCCCGUAGAAAACGGCAAAGGCGGUGAAUUUGCAUGGCGGGACGGUCCAUUUUUGCGAGCUUUGCGUGCCGGAUAUUGGAUUCUGCUCGACGAGUUAAACCUGGCGUCGCAAUCGGUCUUGGAAGGCCUUAACGCGUGCUUCGAUCAUAGAGGAGAGAUAUACAUUCCCGAACUGGGAAAGACAUUUACGGUCAAACCUGGUACAAGAUUGUUCGGUUGUCAAAAUCCCUUGCGGCAAGGUGGUGCCAGACGAGGCUUACCGAGAUCCUUUUUAAACAGAUUUACUCAGGUAUUUAUAUAUUGUGGGUAUAACAUGAGACAUAAUGCUGCGAAAGUAACUUCUGUAAUCCAAAGUUUACUGUUCUUUCAGGUAUCCGUAGAUGCAUUAAUGGAAGACGACUUGAGGUUUAUACUUGGUGCGCAAUUUCCACAACUUCCUGUGGAAUUGAUCAAUGCUAUGGUGCAGUUUAACAGCAAGUUAGCGUCGGAAGCUGGCAUUUUAUGGGGGCAUACCGGAUCUCCAUGGGAAAUGAAUCUGCGAGAUAUUACUCGCUGGUGCCAGACGACUAUUGAAGCCGCGUCUAACGAAUUUCGCAGUAAUCAACAGUAUUUUAAUCCAGGUGACAGCGUAGAGCUCAUCUAUAUUAACAGAAUGAGAACCAAUGAAGAUCGGCAAAGGGUAUAUCAGAUAUAUCAAGAAAAAUUCUCGCUCGAGAAAUAUCCUCUGCCUAGUCAACUUCCGAUGCACGUCACGGUAGACCAACUUUUUAUUGGCGACGUGACGUUAAGCCGGAAAAAUUGCAGCGUACCGCAGGACUUCAAUUUGUUAGUGCUCAGAGAACAGAAAAAAGCACUGAAGAGUCUCAUGCAGUGCGUUAAAAUGAAUUGGAUGUCCAUUCUUAUUGGUGCUUCGGGUUGCGGCAAGAGCAGCGUGGUUCGUUUGCUUGCUGCUUUGACGGGCCAGAAGCUGAGGUCCAUUGCCGUGAAUUCUGCAAUGGAUACGACGGAGAUAUUAGGUGGCUUCGAACAGACGGACUACAAUCGGCAUCUCGAGCAACUGUUUGAGCACGUAGCGACUUUACUUAUCGAGAGUCUGCAAACAAAGAUAGCUAUCGACAAAUUGGACCAAGUUGCCGAGCUUCAUGAGCGUCUGGAGCAAGUGCGACACUUAUUCGAUGAAAACGUCGCCGGCAGAACAAUGGCCGCGGAAACCAAACUAUUCUUACACAAAAUCGAGGAACUGUCGAAAUUGGUGUCGGCAAUGAGGCUUUGUGAACCUGCCCGCGAGUCGGAGCUAAGAGAUAUCGAGUCGAGGUUGAGGAACUUGUCGAUUUUCGUCGAGCAGGAUAAAUGCCUGAAUGCCGGCGGAAAGUUCGAAUGGGUGGACAGUGUGUUGGUGAAGUGCUUGCAGGACGGAACUUGGCUGCUCAUCGACCAGGUUAAUCUAUGUAGCCCCGCUGUAUUAGACAGACUUAAUGGAUUGUUGGAGCCAAACGGUGUUCUCAGUAUCGGGGAACGAGGCGUUGAUGACAAAGGCAAUGUCGUUACCAUCAAGCCGCACGAAAAUUUCCGCCUAUUUCUAACCAUGGAUCCCCGAUGCGGCGAGAUUUCCAGGGCCAUGCGUAACAGAGGCGUCGAGAUUUACAUGCUCGGCCCGAAGGAGAACAUCGACGAGAACGUGAUCGAUUUCAAGUCGCUGCUGCUUAACGCCGGCAUCACAAAGUCCGCGCAUCGCGACGCAUUGCUCGAGAUCCACGGCCGAGUGUCGGAAGAGAUCGUCGCCGUGGACCGAUUCAGCGCGGUCGAUUUGGUGCACGCCGCGUUCCUGAUGAGGCAACGAUCGCUGCGCGGAUUCCCCGCGGAGCGAUCCAUCAGGAACGCGUGUCUCGACGUCUACGUGAGGUCUAGACCGUCGCGAGAUCCGCGAUUCAGAGAACACCUGACCUCCCUGAUCGACGAGACCAUUGAGCGACGUGUCGCCCGAAGAGACGACAAAGAGAUGUCGGUGAUCGACCUGGAUGCCGCCACGUGGAGCGUGAAGAACCUGCAAGACAAUUUGAGACUCACUAUAAUCAGGCAGCAAGGCCUGCUGCUGAACGCUGCUAUCAAGAUGCACGAGUCGUUCCUGAAAUCUGACUCUGGAGGAGACGUUACAACGAAGCCGUUGAACGACUUCUGCGGUCUUGAGGAGGACGAAAGGUUGGACAUUGACGUUGCUGAUGUGUUGCCGUAUCUCCUCCUGAAUUUUUACGAGCAAUCCACGCGGGACGACGCGCCGCUGCGAAGGGAGUGGAUCUCGAGGUUGCUGCGAGGUAACGCGAUGCUCGGCGAUCUCGAGGAGAGGAGCGCGCUAAUGACGAAGGUAAUCGCGCUGUUUUGCCCCGAACCUGCGAACGCGAGGAGCUCGUUACCCUGGGAUUUGCGCCGGCUCGUCGGAGGAACGACACGCGAUGAGGACGACGGUGCUUGCAGGGGCGCGAAUAAAUUAUUGCUGUUGCUGUACGCGUGCGGUAUGAUUUUAAAGAGCGAUGCAUCGCGAAAGAAGACGGAGACGUUGGAGAGCAGAGACGCGUUAUCCGUGAAGCUCUACUCCAGCCUUGUAAAUGACGGUAAGCUGCUCUCGCAAUUGAAGGACCAACCGCUCGUAACGUGUUUCGUGCAAUUCCUCGGACAAGCGAAUUCUUGCAUCAGCGCGAUUCUGCAAGACGUAAAUGUGACCGUCGAAGAGUGCGUCGAGUUAAAAGCAGAGUUGAGGUGGUUCGCGAGAUUCGAAAGACUGGGCGAAAUGACGCUGCUCAUCGACAAGUCGAAGAAAUCCCAAGUGUUCGCGAAUUUGGAACAGAUUUCUUUGCUGCUGAGAGUGCAUUAUAAAUGGCUGCUGAAGUUCCUGCGUAAGCUAUUCGUAAUAGCUAGAAAUUCCUUGAGCGCGGGAACCACGAGCGAGAUCGAGCAGCUGUGGGAGACCGUGAGGCGCACGAACGACCAGCUGAAAUCGGUGUACGAUCCUAUCAGGAAGAUAUCAAAGAGAAUCAAGAAGUAUCUGACCCUUCCGCCGCCGCACUCCACGGAGAUCAGCAUGGAGGUGCACUCGAGGCUAACGAGGGUAACGAGAGACCUGGACGUGAGGGACGAGGGAGGCAGCACCCUGAAGCGAGAACUGAAGAUCAUAUCCGUGCAGUCGGAGGACGCGCUAGCGAUGAGACGGCAAACGAUCGCUUUGUGGAGCAAAGCUCACUCCAGGAAGUCGACGCUCGACGAAACGAUGUUGCAGAUCGUCCACGAGGUGGAACGAUUCUGCGACGAGAGCCACAUCCGUCUGCGAGUCCCCGCGGAAGUCGAGGCUACUCUGAACAGAAUGCGCUCCCUUCCGGAGAGGGAAACGGCACAGCUGAACGCGAGGAUACGGCUAUGGCCGAUUUACGAGUACGCGUUUCUGUCGCUCGCCGGCACUCUGCAGGGCGAGAUGUGCCGGGAGGCGACGAUUCCCGGUGUCGCUCUGACCGAGUGCCUCGCGAGAUUCACGGAUGUGCCCAGUAUACCGAGCGAUCUGAUGGGUCUACUGCGUGCGAUAAGUCAAAUGGAGGCCGAGCAAGGAUCGGAGCUCUUGUUGCUGCCGGAACUGUUCUGCCAUCUCGCGCAAUUCGUUCAGCGAUCUCACGCUUUUAGGGAUACGAGCCGCCUCUUGCACUGGUCCGGUCUAACGGAGGAAGAUGAGGAGAUGUCAAUGACUUCCUACACCGAACCUAAGAUGGAAUGCUACGUCGGUGGACCCGUUCUCUUGAACCUAGUAUUGCGGUUAAUGUUGGACAAAGCGCACCAAGAGAAAGAGAAAGGUGUUCUUUCCACGAUCGCGCUCGGGACGUAUGCGGCGCAGAUGAAUCAGCUGGAGCUACUAAAUGAGAUUUUAUGGCGUAACAGUAUCUCGUUAACAAACAAGCGAUGCGACUCUAGCAGCAGCGAUUUAGCAACGUUGAAGUUUCACUUGCAUUUGUAUUCGUCCACGAUCGACAAGAUGAACCUCGAACACAACGUACUAGAUCUGAUUGCAAUCGCCAGAGAGAAGCAGAGCGGAAACGUCGCGGACGUCUUCGAGCAGAGACUGAUCAGCGAUUAUUUCACACCGGUGAAAGAAUUGCACGAGGCGUAUAACGAGAUAAACGUCAUCAGCGAGGAGAGUGUCCACGGAGAAGAGAGUACGCUUCGGCGGGGAAGAGCCUGGAUGAUACUGGGUUACAUACAAUUGAUGCUCUUCGGAAAUUUGGACCUUAUCGAUCCCGUGCACAAGGUGGAACUGAAGCUGAAGUAUCUGGAGGAGGACAUCGCCAAUUGCAGAAGGACGAUAUACGUCGCAACGUUGCAGGAUCGCAUUCUGAGCACAUCAGCGGCGGACGAGCGCAUCCAUCCGAUAUUCGCAACCACGAGAAACUGCGAGAGACGCUUGCUGAAGACGAGGGAUGAUCUCAGCGGUCUGAAAGCUUUCAGGCCACAGUCCGUCAGCUUCGCCUCGCUCAGCAAGGACAGCGCCAAUUUCAGGAACGGAGUAGGUUCUUACGCGCUGGUGAGGGAGCGCAUGAGCAACCUGUGUGCGAUCGCGAGCAAGAUCAGUCGAGACUGCAAAUCGACGGAUCUGACAAUCGCGGAGAACGUUUCGCAAAAAGCGGAAGUCUGGGGUUUGUCGGUGCAACAAUUCGCUGAGCAGAUCAAGACCAAGUAUCUGGCGGCUUAUCCAGACGUGGUUCUUCCCUUGCUGACGGCGCUGGCGCAGUUAAAUCACGGCGUUUCCAUGUUGAUCAACGAGACCCGACGACUAAUAUCUUUGCGCAGAAGCGGAGUAGCCGAUCUCGAGUCCUUGAUAUACAACUUGAUCCGCUUCCCGACGGUCGGCCGGCAGCAGGAGAACCUUUUGAACCUGAGCAGCUUGUGCGUUUCCAGGAGCACGAGGGAUCUGAUCGGCGAGAAUUCACGUUCCACAGACACGUUCGUUAAAAUGCAGGAGCAGUUUCAGAUAUUCAAGUCGGGCCUGCACGAACUGCACAAUCACGUGAUUCUCAACAAAGGUCUGACCAGGUCACUGUGGCGGGACAUGAAUGAGCUGUUGCAGCAGAUAGUUCUGAUCUGGAAGCAGCAGCAGCAAGAAGAAGAGAAGCGAGCCGCGGAGAGGGAGAGUCUAUACAAGAAUAAGAUUGAGAAUCACGGUGACGCGUUGACGGAGGAGGAGGAGCUCGCUCUGGAAGUCCGCAAGCUGUUCCCGACGCACCGCGAAAGGGACUUCCGCGAUAUAGAGGAGCAACCUUCUUUCGAUCGGAGGAGCGCAUCGCCGACCCAAUCGGUCGAGACGGAGUCGAGCUUCAGCGGUCUCGUCACCAAGGACGACAUCAGGGAGAUCCAACUGAUCCACUCGGACAUUGUGUCCUUUAUCGUAACCAAGUGGAUGUGCAACAGUCCUGCCUCGGUGAGUGCGGCGAAUUACGUCGGACCGUUGAUUCAAAGGUACGGUACGACAUAUGGGAUGCUCGACAACCUUUUGCCGAGCUUGAGCGAGGGACUCGCGAUCGAACUGUACACCAGCUUGAACUUCCUGGUCACUUUGGGGCUGCAAGCGAGCCGAGACAAGGGCGCGGAUCGGACUUUGUGGGAGAACGUCGUCGAGGGGCGUGUGAGAGCGUACGAUUUCUACAAGGACUGCAACGUCGAGGAAGCGAAGCAGUGUCUGCCGUUGUGCGAGCGUAUCCUGAUUCGUGUCGAUCAGCUGCUGGAGGAGUGGCCGGAACAUCCCACUCUGAGAUCGAUACGAUGCAUAAUAGAGAGGAUCUACGCGUUUCCAAUCACUUCGCCCAUCUCCAGAUUCCUGACGGGUUUGGAGUUGCUGUUCGUCAAGAUGCACCAGUGGAAAGAGAACGCGCACAGCGGCGUCAGCAUGACGGACCACGAAUUAGCGUUAACGCAGCAGAUAAAAUGCUGGCGGAGAAUGGAGCUAUCCUGCUGGAAGGGUUGCCUCGAUGCAGCGCACGAGAAUCUCCGAUCGGACACGUCCAGGUGGUGGUUCUUUCUGUACGCGCUGAUCGAAAGUUACAUCACGAGACCCGAGAAGAGUAACAUUGGGAAAGAGGGCGAUGAGCCUGUCACCAGGCUAAAGUUGGUGGAAUCACUGGAGCGCUUCAUGAACGAGUCGUCCCUCGUCGAGUUCGAGUCGCGAUUGGGUCUCCUCUUGACGUUCCACUGUCAUGUGUAUUACCUCGACGACAGCGGUAACAAGAACGAGCUCUUGGCCAUAUUGUGGAACGUGCACAAUUAUUACAAACAAUUUGUAGACGACGUGAAUGCAAGGAUCGCCGCUUUGAAAGCGCCCAUCGAGAAGAAGCUGAAGGACUUCGUUAAGAUCGAGCGAUGGAACGACAUCAAUUAUUGGGCCGUGAAGGAGACGGUCGAAAAGAUGCAUCGCACUCUGCAUAAAUUCAUAAAGGAAUUCCAGAAGGCCUUGAAGCAAAACGUGUCCUCUUGCCUGAUUGUUAAAUCGGGAUCUUACAGCGCGGAGUUGAACAAGGGCAUCUGGGACGAUGGGGAACAUCACAGGCGCGUGGUGAACCCCGAAGAUUUUACAAUACCGAAGUCUUCGCGACCUGCGGACGUGGAAACGCCGUUCACAAGCGGACUUAUAGCGAGAACAGAAACGUUACUGACAAAGGCCAGGCGUCUGUGCAAAGAGAUAGUCCUGGCUAAUUCUUAUCCGCACGUACGAGAGGAACUCGAGAGUUUUGUCGAGGACUACAUGGAGCAGAGUGCGCGUCUUCGGGAUAUGAACGUUGACAGGAGUUUACCGAAGAAUAAACAGAAGUCCCAGGCGAAGAGUAUCUUGCAGCAGAAGAAAAUGACGCUCGCCAAUUACUUCAAGGCGUUGACUCAAAUGGGCGUAUCCUAUCGCGCUGGUAUACUGACGCUGAGGAACGACGCGGAGAAGGUGACGGACUUCACGGUGCCGCCUUUGGACCUGUGUACAAUUAAUCGAUACUUUAAACUGAGUAAACCCGAUCAGGGUAUGCUGGCGCAGUGGCGAAGCUGCGAGCGGUAUUAUUACAAGUCUCUUAUCAAGCUGAACGCUCUCAACGCGAUGCUCAGCACGAGCCAGACCGAUCUGGGGCUGCAGAACGUAGAGCGUUGCCGAGGAUUUUCCGCGCACUUGAUGCUGAUGGCCCACAGGCAGAAGACUACGCUCGUCCAGGCGUUCGACCGUUUCUCCUCGCUUCGCAUACAGAUCUCGCGUCUGUCCGAGACAGGCGAGCAGGAUCUGAAUAUACUGAGACAGAGCAGAGGCCGGUACUGCGCGGACAGCCUGAAGACCUUGCUGAUGACCUUGGAAGUUGGAUUCGAGCAGCUGCUACUGUUCCUGCAAUGCUGCCCCGCGGAAUCGUCGACGGACUCGAACAGAGCCGCGCUCACGCUGGACGCGAAUGCGCUUCCUAUAAUCGCCGCCUCUCAGAACGACGAGGUCUGGAAGAACGCGAACGCUUUGCUGAAGGACAUUUUGAAUUCAGUAAAGGCUAUCGCGAAACGCUUCCACGUCUUGUUCCUGCCGUUUGACAUUUUAUCGGUAAACCAUCCUGAGCGUUUCACUCACACAUCGCCUCUAAGUACGAAGGACUUUGAAUUCUUGGAGCAAUGCUGCGCGACGAUCAGGGACCUAAGAGUACGAUCUAAGGAAUUGCAACGACUGUUUGAGAGCCCGGACGUUGUGCAUCCUAUCUGGAAAGAUAUAGCGUUUUUAGACACGAAGAUGGAAGGCUUCCUUAAUCUCUCCGAAAAAUUGCGAAGCUCCACAGACGUCGAAAAUGGAGAGCAAUUGGGGGAAAAGAAUCACGCUGUCGAGCAGUACGAAUCAGCGCUGGAACAUCUGAUAAACACGAUAUUGCUUGUAAUACAGAAGAAAUACAAAGCUCAGACUAAUACCGGGGAAGAUGUGCCGCGCCUCAACGAGGAACCGAAUGAGGAAAACGAUAUGGAGAGAGAAGCGGGAGAAGAAUUAAAUGUAAGACUUACUGAAUUGCUCGAGCGGGAUAUAACCGAACUGAAGCUGUCCGACAUAUGCAAUUCGCUCUCCAAUCUUUUGUUAUCGACACGUGAACUCGAUCUGCAAUCAGCAAAUUACUGUACUAGGUUGCUCCUAAAAUGUUUGCCUCUAUUGGAACAAUAUAUCUUGCUCGUUCAGUUUUACUUCAACGAGCAGGUGGCGUCGUUCCGCGUCACGUGCAAGAUACUGUACCUACAAUUGAACGUAUUCUUAGAUCUGGCUGCAAAUGGGUUCUGUGUGCCAAAGGACUUAGAUCUCGAGGAAAGCGAUACAAACGAGUCAGGCGAGAGGACAGAGAAAGGCGGGAUGGGCUUAGCUGAUGGCGAAGGGACGAAAGACGUUUCCGAUAGAAUAGAAUCCGAGGAUCAGCUUGAGGACGCCAGACCCGCGGAUCAAGAGCAGGAGAAGCCGGAUGAUAAGACUUGUAAGGAGGAGGAGAAGGGAAUCGACAUGUCCGAGGAUUUCGACAGCAAACUUCAGGAUAUGGAGAAAAACGACGAUGACGAGGAACAGAGCGACGACGACGAGGAAAACGAUUUGGAUAAAGAAAUGGGGCAGACGGGAGAAGGCGCUGAGCAGCUUGAUAAAGAAAUCUGGGGCGACGAUCAGGAGGAAUCUGGAGAGGACAAUGAACAGCCGGAAAACGAGGAUGAAGAGGAAGGCACGGGCGAACAAAUCGGUGGGAAGGAAAUGAGCGCGAGGGACGACACAGAUAAGAGAAAACAGGAAGAUGACAACGACGACGACGAAAAUCGACAAGAAGAAAGUAAAAAGGAGAUAAACGAGUUGAAUGAACCGGAGGUGGAUGAGGAUCAGAUUAAUCCUUACCACGGUAAGUUCCAGCCUCCACCGGAACCCGAACCGCUUGAUUUACCGGAAGACAUGAAUCUGGACGAGGACGGUAAGGAGGACAACGGUGGCGAGGAGGAGAAUCCCUUCGACAUUGAUGAGAUGAAGAAGCCGCCGCCGGAGAAGCAGGACGUGGAACUCGAAAAAGAAUCUGGCGAGGCGAAAGAAAAUGAUUCUGAGGAGAAUUCCAGCGAGGACGAGAACGAUAAUAAUAAUGUCGAUGAGGAAACCCAAGCUCGAAGGGCAGAAGAAGAGUUGGAAAUUGAUGAGAAAACCGAAGAGAAAAAUGGGGAAAAUGCCACAAACAAAGACGAGGAACAAAAUCGAGAUGAAGAAGCGGAGGAGGAGAAAUUGCAAGAGAAAGCGGCGCCAAGUGCGAAUGAUGCGAGCGAGCAGAUGGAUGCUGCGCAACAAAUUGAGGAAACGGCGGAAGGUUCGCGGGACACGGUAGCGCACCAACCGGAAGACACGAAAAAUCAACAGUCAGAAACCUCAGCCGAAAACACACAAGAGGAUAGUAAUGACAAAGGCACUGGCCAAUCGCAGUCGGUGCAACAGGAAAGCGGACACUCGGGAUCGUCUAAGCAGGAAACUGUCCCGGCGCCGCAGAGCAAUGCUAUGACAAAACCAGUCGAGAAGAGGAAGAACCCGGGCGAGAGCAACGAGGAUCGCAGUCUGUUUGAUAGAUUUGAGCCGACGCUGAAGAAGUUGAAGACGAUCUACACACAGGACGAGAUAUCGAGAGACGAGAAGGAGAACGAUGCGAGCAAUGUCGACGGCGACAAGGCCGAGAUGGCUCAACACGUCAAGGAUUCCGAGAGAUUUGACGAUUACACGCUCGACGCCGCGACGGAAGACCAGGUCAGACAGCAAGCUUCCAACGCGGAUAAAGCUGAAGACGAGGAAGAGAAAGAGAAUGACACUAUGGACGUGGAGAUGCACGAGGAUAAGGAGAACGACGUGGCGAAUGAUAAAAUAAACGAGCAGAAAGCCGAGAGGGUCUCUGAGAUUGCAGACAACAAAUGCAAAAAGGAUCCCGAUGGUAAAAGUAAUAACGUGGAUGACAAUCAGACGGAGACAACUGUGGCAUUGGAAGGAGAAACCGCGGAGACCAUGAAAGUGCAGAGGGGAAACGAGUCUACGUUUCACACGAUGGAGUGCAGCGUGGAAGAGAAUGAUCUCGGUUCUGGCCAUGUGGAGAGAAAGCGAUUCGAGGUGGAGAGGAUGCUAGGCGAAUGGACACAAAUGCCCUCCACAGAAGAAGCUGCAGCCGCGUGGAAUUGUCUGUGCUCGGUCACGGACGCGGCCGCUCGGGAUUUGUCCGAAAAAUUAAGAUUGGUGCUGGAGCCCACGCAAGCGUCGAGAUUGAAGGGCGAUUAUAAGACGGGCAAGCGUAUUAACAUGCGAAAAAUCAUCCCCUAUAUAGCCAGUCAGUUUCGCAAGGACAAAAUCUGGCUCAGGCGCACGAAACCGUCGAAACGUGACUAUCAGAUCGUUCUCGCGUUAGACGAUUCCAGCAGCAUGGCAGACAAUCAUUCCAAAGAGUUGGCUUUCGAGUCCUUGUCGCUGAUUAGUAAAGCAAUGACGUAUCUGGAAGUAGGACAGCUUAGUGUCAUCAGUUUCGGGGAGCAGGUGAAAGUAUUGCAUCCUUUAGGAGAAGCUUUCACGGAACAAAGUGGAUCUAGGCUAAUACAAGAAAUGAGGUUUGAUCAAAAAAAGACCAUGAUUGGACAAUUAGUCGAUUUUACAGUGGAAAUGUUCGAGAGCCAGCGUGCCUCAUCUGACAAUGCUAAACUGUUGGUGGUACUGUCGGAUGGCAGAGGGAUAUUUUCAGAAGGAAAAGAUAUAGUGACUUGUGCUGUUAGGAGAGCUAGACUUGUAGAUAUCUUUCUAGUGUUUAUAAUAGUCGACAAUCCAAUUAACAAGGAUUCAAUAUUGGACAUUCGCAUGCCUGUGUUUCAAGAUAGAAAAUUAUUAAGUAUUCGACCGUAUAUGGAUAAUUUCCCAUUUCCAUUCUAUAUGAUUCUUAGAGACAUAAACACAUUGCCAGGUGUUCUGAGCGACGCUUUACGCCAAUGGUUUGAAGUAGUUGGGAAAAUUGAUACUUAGAUUAAUAAAUAUUCAUUUUAAACAUUCAAACUGGUAAGUUUGUAGCUAGUAUAAAUAAUUAAAUUAAAGUUUAGUUACGUAACACAGUUAUGAAAUCCAGCAUGUAUAUACAUUUUUUUUCUUUGAUAUGAUUUCCCAUCUGAUAAUGGUAAAAUUUGAUAUAUGCUG